AUGCGAAGCAGAGAAGCAGCAUACCUAUCAGCGAUUUCAGCAGCAAGUGUCGCUUAUGCUGUUACCAGAGCAUGUUCGAAAGGUGAAUUAGCUGAAUACUGUUCUUGUGAUAAUAAAAUAAAGAAACGAAAAACGCAGAAAUUCAAAUGGGGAGGUUGUUCCGAUGAUAUUAGAUACGGUGAAAACUUCAGUAAACAGUUUUUGGACAUACGAGAAGAUCCCAACACUGCUUUGGGACUAAUGAAUUUGCACAAUAAUGAGGCGGGCAGACGUAGUGUUCGCUCCAGAAUGCAGCGUACCUGCAAAUGUCAUGGAGUUUCCGGAUCCUGCAGCAUGCAGAUCUGCUGGAGACGACUACCUCCUUUCAGAAAAGUAGCAGAGGGCCUCUUCCAAAGGUACGAGGGCGCCUCGCAUGUUAAAUUUGUCGAGAGGCGUAGGAAAAAAUUGAAGGCAGUAAGUCCGGAUUUGAAGAAGCCGAUCAGGACUGAUCUGGUUUAUUUGGACGACUCACCGGAUUAUUGUGAAAAAAAUGAGACAUUAAAUAUCCUCGGCACACACGGAAGAAUAUGCAAUCGAACGAGCCACGGAAUGGACGGUUGUCGUCUUCUGUGCUGCGGAAGAGGCUACCAAACUAGAGUAAGGGAGGUGGAAGAAAAAUGCAACUGCAGAUUCGUCUGGUGCUGCAACGUUGUAUGUGAUAUUUGUAGGUCGAAACGGGAAGAGCAUGUGUGCAACUAA